AUGGUUUCAGAAUUCACGGUCACCUUUUUCAGUCAUGCUCUGGAAUUUGAGGCCCCCGGCCAUGCACGGCCAGCCUCCGCCUAUGAGAGAUCUCGGUAUAAUUCAGCCGCAAGGAAACCACUGGAUGUUUUUGUGUCUGCCAGGGUCCUUCUCCAUAAGAAUGUUGCUCAGGGAAACAAACUGUACACAAUAUGGUGUCCUGAAGGCGAUGAAGAGAUGAAAACGCUAGUAUACCGCACCAGGAUCUAUUACGCAUUUUUGAAGAUGUUUGAAUUACAACACAAGAUGAAGGAUUCUGAUGUUAUCUUAGGCCGUCCAGCCAAGCUCACGAGUACCCCUCGCUCUCCCGCAGGCGGCAGCACCACCUCGGAAGCCCCCGCGAGUUCGACCAGCGACGCCAGCAGCUCGAGCUCCUCCUCCUCCAGCAGCAGCAACAGGGACACCAACGAGACGACGCCCGCGCCGCCCACGCCUUCCCCUUCCACCACGCCCACCACCACGCCCAAGCGACGGCCGAUCAAGCUGGAGGAGAACGACGAGAAACGACUCCUGGACGACCUGAUGCUGGGCUACGACAGGGACGUCCGUCCGGUGAAGAACGCGUCGCACCCCAUCGUCAUCCAGCUCGGCAUCACGCUCACGCAGAUCUUCGACAUGGAUGAAAAAAAUCAAGUUUUAACAACCAAUGUUUGGCUGGAUCAGGAAUGGGUUGACGAGCUCCUGCAUUGGGAUCCUAGCGACUACAACGGCCUCGAGACGAUCCGGCUGCCCUGCGAGAGAAUCUGGCUGCCGGACAUCGUGCUCUACAACAACGCCGACGACUACACGCGCGGCUACAUGCGGAGCAAGGCGAUGGUCGGAUACGAGGGGAAGGUGUUCUGGCCGCCGCCCACCAAGUUCCGCUCCACCUGCCCCGUGGACGUCACCUACUUCCCCUUCGACGACCAGACGUGCAUCCUCAAGCUCGGGUCUUGGAUCUACGAUGGCUUCCAGGUGGAUGUAACCAACAGAACGGCUGAUGUUGAUCUUACAAACUACAUUCCCAAUGGUGAGUGGGAAUUGCUGGAAGCAAGAAUCAUUAGGAAUGUCAUCUACUAUUCCUGCUGCCCUGAACCAUUCCCGGAUGUCACUAUUACAAUCACUAUAAGACGGAAGACCCUGUACUACAUGUACAACGUGGUCCUUCCGUGCAUGAUGAUGUCGGUGCUGACGCUGCUGGUGUUCUGUCUGCCGCCGGACUCCGGGGAGAAGAUCGCCCUGGGCGUCACCGUCCUCCUUGCCUUCAGCGUCUUCAUGCUGGCCAUCGCCGAGAAGAUGCCCGAGACCUCGGAGUCCAUCCCGCUCAUCGGCAUCUAUCUCACGGCAGUCAUGACCAUCACGUCGAUCAGCAUCAUCAUGACAGUCAUCGUACUCAACUGUCAUUAUCGCGGGCCCAUUCAACGCGAGGUCCCCCCUUGGAUGAGAAGAAGUAUAGUUCGUUCAACUGCAGCUGCUUAUACUCAGAAUCAGAAAACGCCACCUGAUAGCUUGCAUGUUGCUGAAAUCUCUGAAAGUUUAGAGCUCGUGGAGCCUCAGGGAAAUCGAUGCACUGAUUUCCCUUCAGUGUUUUACUCCCUUGUUGUUUUUAUUGGUAAACCUGGCGUCACAAGUGGCCGCCAGAGCCGCACCCUCCCCCUGAGCCCCCAGCCCCGCCGGCCCUUAAAGCUCCUCCGCCCCUCCCCCAGGAUAUUCCUGAGCAGCCCGGCGCUCGAAAAGACGAAGGCCAGCUCCUCCUCCAACAGCAACACCAGGACGAAGCGCAGCCUCUUCAGCCGAGGACUCAAGCGGCGACGCACGAGGUCCAGCAAUGGCAGCGACGAGGGCGGCCUCACCAAUGCCCACGCCCCCGCCCACGCCCGCGUCGUCACCACUGCCCUCUAUGGAGACUAUCCCAACAGCAUCAGCAAGGAUCACAUACCGAAGGGCGACACAAUCCGCCUGACGGUGGAAGGCAUGGCGGAGGAGGUGAAGGAGGCGGGGCCCGGCGACUACUCCAGCGCAGAGGACCUCCAUAACCUCAACAUUGGUUGGCGAGACUACAAUAAUGACAACAACACGUUCAGGAGGACCAACUCAAAUAGCGCCUACAGCCCCAACCUGGCCGCCCUGGGCACCAACCGCGCGCAGGAGGAGAUCGUGCGGGCGCUCAAGAUCCUCCUGAGCCGUCAGGAAAGCCAAGACGCCGACAAAAAGCGCCUCAAUGAGUGGCGCGUCAUUGCCAUCGCGGUCGACCGCAUCCUCUUCUGGAUCUUCUUCUUCGUCACCACCAUCAGCUCGUUGGUCUUCCUGGUGAUCCUGCCGGUCGUCAAGCGCUCAGAAUACGUGGACCCUGAGCUCUCUUUGUCUUGUCUUCGGCCUCGCCUUGCCACACGCAUGGGUGUCUUGCUUCCGGUAGAACGGUAUAUGAAAUGCCAGAGGAAAUCACGGUGUACGAAAAGUUCCAUUCAUGGAGAACGUUGA